AUGGCUACCCACCAAAGCGAUCACAACAACGAUGCCAGCAACAGCGACGACGAGGAGGAGGACUUCGGACCUGUGUUGCCGGGCAUGCAACUCUACGCACCGCCAACUCAAGCGUCGCCUACAACGUUCCUCGACAACGGUAAUCACAAUGAUGUGCCUCCGGUGAAGCGCCGAAGGAACGAAGAGCAGGCAGACGAGGGCAGCGCUACACAUCCAGCUGCUUCUCUACCUCCAUCUUCUUCUUCGGAGCCCUUUUCCACGUUGACAUCGGAGCAAAUGACGACCGCGCCGGACACAACGAUCGUCGGUGUCAAUGCGGAAACGGAGUGGAAAGAAGCGUGGGAGCGCUACACACGCCAGCACCUGCCUCGUGCCGCACUGUACGAGCGUAGUUUCCAACACACCUCUUUGCAAGACACCUACGACGCGCUAUCAGCCAAGGCAGAUGGUGCAGAGUUGCCCGCGGCGGCAGUACAAGCAUCACCGGUGCAUGAUGUCUGUGUGCACUGCGACGCGCUCGGUGCGCUGAUUGCGACGAUAGACGCCGCAGGGGUGGUACGGGUGUGGCGCAAGCUGCCUCGCGGUGUCUUCUUCAUUACAGAGCUCGACAAGGUGUUUUCAAAGGCGCGGAAGGCCGCUUCGAGCCACAAAGACCACCAUCUUCAGGCUGGAAGAGGAGAGGUAGAAGAAGGAAGGGAAGAAACUCUUGGUGCCCGUCGGCAUCACCGUACCUAUUGGGCUCACGCCUAUCCCACCCUGCAGCUCCUCGUGUUCGUGUGCGUCGAAGAAGAAACAAUAGAGGCAGGCGACCUACUUCACGGCAUCGACACAAAUGAGGUGUCAACGCUGCGGCCGUCGUCGACGUCGCCACGUACAGUGCGGGUGCACCUCCGUCAAGUGAACCCGGUCACCUUCACGGUGGAGGAGCGGCACACGUUUGCCUUUCAGGCACCGGUGCAGCCGAUGGCGAUGCUACACAUCACAGCAGCCAUGCGGGACUCUACGCUGCCCUGCGGACUCGCCUAUACCCGCCGCCCCGCCUUUCUCACGUACCAGUACGCACCUCACAUCGCCUUUUUCGUGUCGCUGCCCGCCGCUGCCUCGGCUCGGGGAAGUAGUGGAGGGAGUGGCGUAGUGAUGUGUCCUUGCUUUCCCACCUCGCAGGCCGCCAAGCGUUCUGCCAGCUCUGGUAAUGUGGAUGGUGGGACGGCAGUCGUGAUGUACGCUGCCGCACGCGUGAGUGCUGCGAGUCCUGUUGUACAGUGCGUCCAGCUGACGUCUGGAAUUGAGCGCACCGGCACGGCGCCGUGUGUCCUCAUCGACGCCAGUGGGGUCAUUGACUACUGCACAAUUGAAGCGGCAACGGACAACAGCGGCGGCGGGGCAUCCGCUUCCUCUGGAUUGUGCCUGAAGGUGAUGGCGGGCCUUGCGGCGGUGCCGGCUGCAUCGCGGGAGGCGCGGGUGUGGCGUCAGUGGAUUCGCUUCGAUCGUCGUCAGCGCACGGGUUUCUUUAGCCUCGUACGAGACACCCAGCAGGCGCUGAAGCAGCAGCCGCAGCAACAAGAGGAAAAAGCCACCGCGACAUCUUGUACAGUCGCACCCUCACCUGCAGACGUGCAGCUCCUUCCAGGUGCACUUCAGCUCACACCGGAUGGCAAGUACGUGGUGGUGUGGAGCAUUCGGUUGAUGCGAAAGGAAAUCACGGCGGUGGCGGCGCGUCACUCACGCAUUCCGCCGACGCAGCGCAGCUAUCACGUAACGGCAGAGUCGUGCCUGCACAUCUUAGAGUUUUCAACUGGUGGGUGCGUCGGCAAGCACUUCGAGGCCCUUGAGAACGAUACCGCUGCGGUGACCUCCGUCGAGGACAUCAGCUUCCGGGCUUCAGAGUGGGCCGACUACGUACACCUGCGCAGCCGCAGCCUGGCCAUGCAGAUCCACGUGGAGGACGGCGCCGGCGCAUCGUCAGCAAAAGCGCGGUACUACGUCAUGGUGCCAGAGGUGUCGUGUACGCAACUGUUGAGUGGGCGGAGUUGCAUUCCACUUCCUAGCGGUGACGCGGAUGUUGGACCGACGCGGGUUUGUGGCCGGCCGAUUUACGUCUACGAAGUGACGAUGCAAGAGGGCUAUUCUGCUUCCACCGCGGUGGCGGCGGUCGUGCGGCGACUGUCGCACAGCCCCGGAGAGCUGGAGUCGUUGGUGCGCCAGGGCAGCGAUCUCGCCUGGAAGGGAGGUCUCGAGCAGGACGAAGCUGCAAUGCCAUGGUCGCCUCCGACUGCCUUCCACUUCUCUUUAACGUCUUUUGCAGGCGAGAUCCAGCGUUUGGAGACUCAGCGUGACCUGCACAGGAGCGGUAGCACGGCUGGUGAAGCACCCCACGCCCUGUGCCGCGCGCCGCUGCUUCUCCUCCGCCGUGCCGUGGCACCUUCACAAGACCUGAAGAAUCUAAUUGCCGCCUCUCCUCUGGGUGCUGCGCUCGGUGCGGAGGGUCGGAAACAACUCCUCGCCGCCAACACCACAACUGCCACGGUGGAAGGGCUUCUGCUGACGACAAGCGUGGAGGCGGGCACGACGUCCCUGUUGGUGUACUCCGGUGAGGUGCCGGGUAGUGGUUUAGCCGUGCAGCGCUUCCUGACUGCGCCGGCGCGAGCUCCGAUUACACUCGCCAGCGAAGCGAACACCCGCGAACUGCCUCACGAGAAAGGAGAAGCUAGUGCGGAGCAGCAGCAGCAACGGCAGCAACUGUGGGCGAAGUUGUGCGAGGAGCUGCACCGCGAGCGCGACUACGCGUGUGGGGCCCUUCUCAUGGCCACGGUAAGCCCUCCGCCUGGUAACACCGCCGCUGCAGGUGGUGCGGCUACGGCAUGUGUUCCACCGCCAAUAUCCACGAAUGACGCGACCGAGUCAGAGCACAAGGAAGAGGGCGUGGAGCCGGCUUCCACCGCCGCGAAUCACGUGCAGCCCGGCUCACCAGAGGCGCACGUGGUGGAGUUGCUAAAGGAUGUCGUCCCGCAGCUGAGCACCGCGGCGACAACAAAGCUGCCCGUUGCGCUGGUGCACGUGCGAGGCUACGGCACCGUUCGCGUGCACCUCCUCCCCCACAUCGCCCCGCUCGCCUCCGAGAACUUCGUUCGGCUAAGCCGACAGCGCAAGUACGACCGCCUCACCUUUCACCGCGUCAUUCCGAAUGCAAUAGUGCAGGGCGGGUGUCCGCGAGGGGACGGCACCGGUGGAGAAAGCGCCUUUGACGGCGGCGCGCCUUUCCAGGAUGAGGCUCUCCAUGUGUUUCCCUUCUUCUCCCACACGAUGGAGAAGGAUUGUUGCUGGCUGUGUAUGGCCAACGCCGGCCCAAACACAAACGCGUCGCAGUUCUUCUUUACGGUGCCGGGUGGGGAGGCGAUGCCGUGGCUGAACGGCCAUCACACCGUCUUCGGGUUUGCGGUGGAGGGGCUGGAUGUGGUGCGGGCCAUCAGUCUGGCCGCGCGAGACGAGGCGGACGCGCCGCUGUCGUCGAUCAUCAUUGAACGAGUGGACGUUCUCUCCGGCUAA